AUGUCCUUUCUUUCUCCUUUUGAGGUGCGCUUGUUUUCUCACCUGCACGCCCUGUCUCUCCGAUGGCACCUGGACCGGAGAACAGGAGACGUUUUGAGGAGCAUUGACCGGGGCACGGCGUCCAUUAACAACCUGCUGAGCUACAUCCUGUUCAGCAUCCUCCCCACCAUCUGUGACGUCAUCAUUGCCAUUGUCUACUUCAGCUCUUAUUUCAGCCUUUGGUUCGGGCUCAUAGUCCUGGUCUGCAUGGUCCUUUACCUGACCUGCACGGUGCUCAUCACGGAGUGGAGAACCAAAUACAGGAGGGAGAUGAACAGUCAGGACAACAACGCCAAAACUCGAGCCAUGGACUCUCUGCUCAACUUUGAGACUCUUUGUGAGUGGAAGAGCUCUGCUUCUUUGGCGUUAUUAAACCAAACCCAGAAUGUGAUCAUAGGGUCUGGACUCCUGGCCGGGUCGCUGCUGUGUGCUCACCUGGUGUCAGAGGGACAGUUUCAGGUGGGGGACUAUGUUUUGUUCGGGACAUACAUAAUCCAGCUCUACACGCCACUCAACUGGUUUGGGACUUACUACAGGCUUAUUCAAAGUGCGUUUGUAGACAUGGAGAACAUGCUGGAUCUGCUGACAGAGCAAGUGGAGUGUCGGUACGUGCCGUGUCCAAAUGUGUGUGUUUUGGUGGGAAAAGGGCGUUCUCCGGCGGCCUCGGUAAAGUCCGCUACAGUCACAGGCCUUGAUAUGGUGCAAGACGCUGUGGACGCUCAGGACUUGUGCCUCACUGCAGGACGUGUGGAGUUGGAUAAAGUCUGCUUCAGCUACGUGCCGGGGACGGAGGUGUUAAAAGAAGUGACCUUUGCAGUGGAACCGGGACAGACGGUGGCUCUGGUGAGUUUCUGCUCCUCCCAGUUCCUUUACAGUUCAUCCUUUUGA